AUGGACAAGGUGCUCAACAAACAGUACCUAAAGUAUACAUAUCCGAGUGUUCUUUGGGACACUCUCAAGGAACAGUUUGAUCAUGUGCAUGACGCACGGUUACCAACUCUUUUGGAAGAAUGGAUAUAUGUUCAUCUAUUGGAUUUUGCCAAGGUUCAUGAUUACAAUCAGAAAAUGUUAAAUCUCCAGACAAACUUAAAUUUAUGUGGCAAGGAGAAAACUGACAAUGACAUGAUCGAGAAGACCCUAGAGACUUUCUCAGAAUCUGCGAGUGAAAUAGUUCACCCGUAUCGCCUUGAUUAUGAGGCCAAAAGAAUCAAGAGUUUUGCAGAUUUGAUGAACCUUCUCAAGAAGAAGGAACGUCAUCAUGAGAUCAUUCUCAACAACAACAAUCUAAGACUUGCAGGGACGAAAAGAGUUCCAGAAGCUAAUCAGGAGAUUGUUCGAGCUCAGAAGAAGUGCAAGCAAUACUUGUCCAAUGAAAGCAACUAUGUUGAAGAUGUGGAAAUGCCUGAUGUUAAUGCUACCAUCAAGCUCAAAGUUGAGGACUUUCAGACAAAGGAGAAAGAGAAAGUCGGUCCUGAGGCUCAUUCCACUCCUGAUUUUGAAUAA